AUGGACCAGGACCUUGGAGGCUGCGCCGAGCUGCUGGGGAAGGCCGUGCUGACGAGCGCCCAGUUCGACUCGGCAGGGUUCGACGGCGAGUUGCCUCUCCUCGAAGCGGGCAAGGGCGGUGCCUCUGUCCAUGUGCGGGUGCAUCCUGCAGCGACUCACGUGCCAGACCCGUGGGUCUGGGUGGCAGUGCUGGCGGUCGGCGGACACCACCAGCCGGAUCGUCAGCCCGAGUGGUUCCCGUCGUUUCUGAUCCGCUCCCGCCCCAAGGGCGCGAAGCAGGAUCUCGAGCGGAACGGCAGCCUGGUCAGCAUCUGA